GCGGUCCCAGCGGGUUGGGGAGGGGAGGGGGCGUAAAGGAAGCGAGGGGGUCGCAGCCCCAAAUGUGUGGGUGCCCCAGGAUGGCCGGGGGGGUGCUGGAGGUGCAGGGGGUCCCCCCCGACGCCCCCGAGGAGCUGCUGGUGCUGUACUUCGAGAGCCGGCGGCGCUCGGGCGGGGGUCCCGUGCGGAGCUGCCAGCGCCUCGGACCCCUCCUCUUCCUCACCUUCGAGGACCCCCAGGAUGCACAGAACGUGUUGGCCCACGGCAGCCACCGGCUGGGGGGGGCCGAGCUGGGGGUGCGCCCGGCCCCCCCCUGGGACCCCACCCACUUGCUGCUGCGGGGUCUGGAGGCCAGGACCCCCUCGGAGCACCUGGAGACCCUGCUGGGGGUCCCCCCCGGCACUGUCACCCUGUGCCAGGGCUCUGUGCCCGGCUGGGGGCUGCUGCGCCUGCAGGACCCCCUGAGCCCCCCAGGUGGGACUGGGGGCU